CAACAAUCUUGUAAACAUAUGUUUUGAUAAAUCGUAAAAUCAUGAAAAUAUGGUUUAGUCCGGUUAUUAUUAUUAAGAUAAUUUUGGUUGCAGAUGCCGUUAUAAAUGUUGAUUUUUAUAAGGGUAAAGUAAAGCAAAUGUUUAUACAUGCUUAUGAUAGUUACAUGAAGUAUGCUUAUCCAUUGGAUGAACUCAAGCCCAUCUCAUGUUCUGGUAUGAAUACAUGGGGAAAUUUUUCUCUCACCCUGAUUGAUUCAUUAGAUACCCUAUUAGUUAUGGGGAAUGAAACAGAAUUUAUGAAAGCUGUCAACUUAAUACUCAAUAAUGUUAAUUUCAACAUGAAUAUCAAUGUGUCUGUUUUUGAAACUAAUAUAAGAGUUGUAGGUGGACUUUUAGGAGCUCAUUUUUUGAGUGGACAUACAGAAUGGGGUAGAAUAAAUGGUUUCCCAUGCAAAGGGCCCUUGUUAGAUCUCGCAAAAGAUCUUGCAGAUAAAUUAAUGCCUGCUUUUAAUACGGCUACUGGGCUCCCUUAUGGAACCGUAAAUUUACUAUAUGGAAUUCCGCCUGGUGAAACGCCCGUCACUUGUACAGCUGCCGCAGAAACCUUUGCUUUAGAAUUUUUUGCGCUUUCUGCAAUCACGGGAGAUUCGACAUAUCGUGAAGUAGCCAUGAAGUCGUCUAAAGCUAUGUGGAAUAAUCACAGAUCUGCAUUGGGAUUGGUAGGUAAUCACAUAAAUACCCACACCGGGGCAUGGGUCGGUAAAGAAAUCGGGAUAGGCUCGGGGGUGGAUUCGUAUUUUGAAUAUUUGCUCAAGGGGGCUCUUUUAUCGCGAGAUCCUACACUGAUGAAACAAUUUUUAGAGUACGAAAAAGUAAUAAAUCGUUACCUCAAUUAUAAUGGCUGGUACUUUUGGGCCAACAUGGAAAACGGGAAUUUGAUUUGGCCCAUUUUUCAAUCUCUGGAAGCAUUUUGGCCUGGCUUAUUGGUUUCCUUGGGGAGGAUAGCGGAAGCAGAAACGACAUUCAAAAAUUACCACAAAGUUUGGAUAAAGUAUGGAAGUUUGCCUGAAACCUUCAAUGUAGUUAAUGGGAAAUUCGAUGAUGGACACUCCAAUUACCCCCUCAGACCUGAAUUUAUAGAAAGUGCCUACCAUUUAUACAAAGCUACGGGUGAUAGUUAUUAUUUGAAAGUAGGAAUAGAUGUCAUUCAAUCUCUAGAAAUUCUUUGCAAAACUGAAUGCGGAUACGCUGUGUUGAAAGAUGUCGGCACCCAUGCGAAGGAUGAUAGAAUGGAAUCGUUCUUCUUAGCCGAAACCCUUAAGUAUCUUUAUUUGCUCUUCGAUACCCAACCCAAUAAAGUUUCAAAAAGUGCCCAUGAUACCCUUUACGACCAAAACGAAUAUCAACCCUCCAUCCUUAACAAUGACAUUUUGUCUCAAAAGCUUCUCUACACAAUGAAUUCAACUGAUCACGAUAAAACAGCUUAUUCCCAAGAUGAAUGCAUGGUUACAUCCGGCGGCUAUCUACUUAACACUGAAGCUCACCCUAUUCAGAUAUCGGCAGUUCAAUGUUGCGGAAUUUGGAAUAAUGGGCAGCCAUUCCAAGGUGAAAUGAUGCUAGAUAAAAAUGAAAGCGAUGAAAAUGAAACCUGGUAUAGUUCAUUGAAUACCUCUACCGUGAAAUUUCCUGCCGAAACGAAGAAAGCGAUGGAUGAUAUUAGUUUGCAAGACUUGUUAGAUAUAAUGAAUGGAGAUUACAGUGCUCUAGAGAGUACGGAAUACGAUUUUCAAGACAUACUACUUUUACAAAAUCGAGAUCAAAACAACAGAGGUUACGUUUUCAUACACGACGACUUAAUUGAAAAACCUUGGGUCGAUCUUUCGAAUAUUUCUGCAAAUCAUUCAGAGACUCGAAAUCUUAAAAACGCUGAAAGCUCUAAUAGCUUGCAGUUGAGAUCUCCCACAGAUAUAGUCAGCAUAUUUAAGGACUUAGUUUUAGGAAAUUCUAUCGAAACCAAUUUGCUGAAAUUGGUUCUCAAACAAGAAUACACUACCGAAACUUCAAAAGUUCCGGAAGCCAACACGGCUAUUUCUAAGAACUCUAACAAGGUGGGAAUAGAUGCUAAGUUGGUGGUUAACGAUCGGAGUUAUGAUUUGUGCGAAAGAUUGUCGUUGAACGAUUUGUACAUAAAUAAAAGCCAUUGCCUCAGCAAACGUUGGGCGUUGGAAAAUGUGGGUGGAUUUGAAUUGGCAUAUGACAAAAAUGAUCCAACAUCCGAAACCAAAAGAAGGGAAGAAUAUCUUAGGAAUUGUUUGUUUAAAUGUUCCAGUUUUUGCUGCCCUUACAAUAUACCUCUUAGUACUGAACCUCAAAAUAUGGUGGUUGAAAAUAGUAGUUCGAUCCUAAAAAUUUCUAGGGUACGAAAAUUUGUGCGAGGAGUCGAAAGAAAAAUGACCGACGAUUUUAACGAUCCUAAGCAUUUGUUGUGUUUGGCUUCCUGAUAUAUUUUAAAACUUUGUUUCUAUUACUGAAAUGAUGUGUAGGAAAAAAAUUGUUUUAUUUUUUUAUAUAUUUUUGAAUAUUUUCUCCUGUGAUUAAAACACAUAAUUAUUAGUUCAGUUUUAUUAUUUAUAGAAUAUGCCUCGUUUUUUUAAUUUUAUCAAUCGAUCGUAUGUUUUUUUUAAGAUGAUGCUUAUAUUAAUUAAAUACAUUUUAUUAUAUUCAUAGGCAUAGUCAGGGUUUUUAAGGGGAAUAAUUAUAACGUAUCAAAAAUUGUUUUGAAACAAGAUAUUGAUUUUAUAUAAAUUUUAACGGAGUUCAUGCAUUUUAUAUAUGCUAUGCUAUGCAAAGUAAA